CGCCGCCGCCGCUCACGCCCGCCGCACUGGAUUUACCGCCCGCCGCGGCCUCGCGCCCCGGCCUCAUGCGGGGCAUCGGCACCAGCGGCUAGAAGGGGACCUGGAUGGCCGUGGCUGAAGGCGGCUGGUGCGCGGUGAAGCGGUGCGCUGCGGACACCGGUGUUCCCUCCUGCCCCUUCGCCACCAGGGAGCCGCGCCCGUCUCCUCCUUCGCCCCCCUCCUCCUCGUCUUCCUCCGGCUCCCAGGGUGAACGCGGCUCUUCCAAGACUCCUCGGCCGGAGACCGACGACAGUCACCGGCCGGCCCCGCCGCCGCCCCCCGCCGCCGAAGGCAGGUCUCUGCUCGCCCCCUACGUGCACUUCGGGGCCCCCCACCCCUCCGGCCGGCUCAGCUGGGAGGACAUUCUGCUCUUCGCGGACUUAGACCAAACCAACAAGCUGAUCUGGUCCAGCCGCGGCCCCAAGCUGAGCGCCCUCGGCGCCGAGCAACCCGAGGAGAUGUACCAGACCCUCGCCAUCUCGGCCGCCCAGGGCCCCACGCCUUACGACGGAUCUCCGGGAGGCUUCAUGCACUCCACGCCCAGCUCGCCCGUGUACGUGCCCACGACCCGCGUGGGCUCCAUGCUGCCCACGCUGCCGUACCUGCAAGGCAGCGGGGCGGCCCAGCCCAGCCACCCGGGCGGCGGCCACGCCGUCUGGUCCCAGCCAGCCGCGGAAAGCCCCUCGUACAGCACCGGCGGCGGCUCCCACCCCUCGGGCCGCUUCCCCUAUUCGCCCAGCCCGCCGGUGGCCAACGGGGCCUCCCGGGAGCCCGGUGCCUACAGCAACAGCCUGGGCGCCAGGGACCAGUACAGCCCCCUGGCCCGGCCGCUCAAUGGCUCCUACCCGGGGCCCUACACGUCCUACGUGGGGCCGCAGCUCACCCCCGCCUGGCCCACGGCGCCUUUCGAGAACUCCAUGCUGCACUGCCUCCAGGGCCGGGCCGCCCCCAUCCCCGUCCGGGCACCCAGCGCAGAGCUGCUGGAGGACCUGUCCGAGAGCCGGGAGUGCGUCAACUGCGGCUCCAUCCAGACCCCGCUGUGGAGGAGAGAUGGCACCGGCAACUACCUGUGCAACGCCUGCGGGCUCUACACCAAAAUGAACGGCCUCAGCCGACCCCUCAUCAAGCCCCAAAAGAGAGUGCCUUCGUCGCGGCGGCUGGGCUUGUCCUGUGCCAACUGCCACACCACGACCACCACCCUGUGGCGCAGGAAUGCGGAGGGUGAGCCCGUCUGCAACGCCUGCGGCCUCUACAUGAAGCUCCAUGGGGUUCCCCGACCUCUUGCUAUGAAAAAAGAAGGAAUUCAGACGAGGAAGCGAAAACCUAAGAACAUAAAUAAAUCAAAGGCAUGCUCUGGGAACAGUACUGCUGCAGUUCCUAUGACUCCAACAUCCACAUCUUCUACUAACUCAGAUGACUGUAGCAAAACUGCUUCUCCCAGCGCACAGACUGCAGCCUCCGGGGCGAGCUCGUCAGUGAUGUCUGGCCCAGGAGAGAGCACCAGUCCCGAAAGCAGCAACCUUAAGUAUUCAGGACAAGAUGGGCUAUACACAGGAGUCAGCCUGACCUCCACGGCUGAAGUGACAGCAUCUGUGAGGCAGGAUCCCUGGUGUGCCCUGGCUCUGGCAUGAUCCCGAUGUGAGGGAAGCUGGAUCCUGGUGCUGCACGGCAGCUCCCAGAUGUCCACACACAGUUUCUCCUGUGGAGCGGUUGCAGCAGAAGCAAGAGUGCUGGCAAAGACCAUUCCUCUGAAAUAGUUUUUGAGCCUUGGUGGCAGAGGUGUUUUUCAACCUCUGAAAGAGGCUCUGCCAAAGCAUCCAGUUCCUCAUCUAUGCAAGAAAAAUAUAGGGAAAGCAAACGACCACCGGGGGAUAGCUAAUGCAGCCUUACAAUCUCAAAAAAACCCUCAAACCCCCACAAAAAAAAUUAAAAAAAAAGAAAAAAAGAAAAAAAAAGAAAAAGGAAAAAAAAACAUAUAGACCUAGACCUAUUGACGGGUUCCAGAAAUACAUCUUCAACUUACCCAGCAGCGCUGCCUUUCUGAUUGCAUAGUUGUUUUCACUCUCUCAUCGCCUUUUCCCCUAAGAAUUUGGUGGAAGCCAUCAUUGUCGGGGAAGAAGUAACAAAGACUUUAAUUACCAGAGAUAGUGAGAUACUUUUUAAUGAGUGACAGAAGUGCGUGUGGCUUGAGUCGGCACAGACUUCUUGCACUGAACAUUUGAUAUCUUCGCCCUGUCAGACCUCUUCCCUCCUUUGCCCUCCAUCUUCAGUGUGCCUUGCUCUGCUCCUCAGAGCCCAGCUAUGCCCCUGGAAGAAAUCACAAUGUUUGGUACAAGUCCCACAAGGUCCAGCUGGUUAAGGAGAUUUUGGGGUUGGUUUUUUCCUGGUUUAAGAUAUUUACUCACUUUGCAAGACUACGAUAUAACUUUUAAAGUACACUGUGACUGAGAUUUAUGAAAAGUUCAUAUUUUCUGGCUGAACUGUAUAGAGUCAGUCAAAAUUUGUAAACAGGGUAGCAAUCAGAUAUUUUUCUUCCAUAUAUACAAUAAUUUUUUUAAAGAAGUGCAAUUUGCGUUGCAGCAAUCAGUGUUAAAUCAUUUGCAUAAGAUUUAACAACGGUUUUUAUACGAAUGAAUGUAAACAUUUUAACUUAAUGGUACGUAAGUAAUUUAAAAGAAAAACUUAACUAGGCAUCCUUAGGCUUUUUAGCUCAACAAAAAUGCAUCCACUUUCUGUAUUUCCAGUUGUUAAAGCAAGAGUUUCAAAGAACAAGCCUUCUCUCAGGAAAAUUGCCCUAGCCAUUUGCUCAAAAGUGUUGUACAAAAAUGCAAAUGCAUCCCCAAGGCUUUUUUUGCCAUUGAGUAACUGCGUGCUGGAAAGAAACAAAUUGCAAUGAACCUUUACUACCUAACAUCAGUUAGGUAAAUAUUUGUAAAUACUACAGGAGAUAUCUUGAAGGCAUCUUGAAAAUGUAGGAUGCAAUCUGUAUAGUGUGACUGACAUAUAGUUAGGUUGGUUUCCAUUGGUUUUUAAGUGGGAUGUCAUUUGGAAAGUUGUUUCAUCAGAGCUUUAAAAAUAAAAGGGUAUCAUUUUGAGAUUUUUUUUCCUGUACAGUGUGCCUUCUCCUUUGUCUCAGACACAAUUGUUAAGCUCCAUUAAAAGCUAUGGAAAUGUACCUGAUACAGGUGGCAUGUCUGAUGGCUCCCCAGAGGUCUCCAGCUGAAGUGCCUGCUCUGUCUAUCUAAGUCUGCACUGUGUGUGGCUUUUCUGCAGCUUCCCUCAAUAUACCCUCUGAUGAUAUGUAAAACUAGGGCCUUCACCUAUGAAUAUAAGCUCGACAUGGGCACAUGUGAGAUUUUUCUGACGUCUGGGGAACUGAGCCCAUGCCCUGUGAGGACUAUCAUGGUUUCUCUUGGCCUUCACAGCGUAGCUAAAGGGUCUACCCAGUGAUGAGUGGGCAAAUACCAGAAUGUCACCCACUGCAGACACAGCUGCUGAGUGGCAGAGCAUUUGUGUGCCUGCUGGCAUCCUCCGGUGACCAAAGGUGAAGGGCACCAAAAACUGAUGGCACUGCUGCUGAAAAGAGAAGACAGUGAAUUUUAGAUACUGAGGGAAGUGGAAAACCUUUUGCUGGCUCUGAGAACUGGUCCUCUUUCUUCAUUGCUCAGCUGACUGGAGCAAGACUUACUGCCAUGUGUGACAUUUCCAGCUAUGUCACCAGUACUGCUGGACUUGGAAGCCAGGAUGCCCAACCUCCAUACCCAGUGACCUGCAGAGUGGCUGCAAUGCAUCUUUUUGCCUCUCUGUGCCAGAUCUUUUUUUAGGUGAAUUGUGAUAGCUCCUUGGCCUGCAGUGAAGCUGUGCUGACUUGCACCAGCCAAGAAUCUGCCCCUUGGUUUUCAAACCUCGCCAUUGAGGCUGCCUCCUUACCCCGGGGGUAUUGUGAGGACCGUGGAAUGAAUGAUGCUGUACAGCCGCAGCAGGAAAACAGGAAAAAGGAGUCAGGCCAAGCCUUACCUAGGGUUUAAGUUGCUGUGGCCAGCCAGGAGUGGGGAUCACUCACCCUUCCUAGCAUGACCUUCGUGCCACACUUGGUACUGGGCUACCUCACAUCCUUGCUGCCUGUGGGUUGAUAUGGCCAGGUACCCCAGCCCUGCUAGCCCUGGGGCCUUGGAUUUUGUGAUUUACAAAAAUAAAUACCUAUCUAAGUGCAAGGUGAGCCAUGCAGAGAAACACUGGGUUUAGAAAGCAACAGAUGUGGAGAAGGGUGAAUAUCCUUUGUUUUGAAGCGUUUAUUGACUAAAAUGCCCUUACUUGUGAUUUUCCAGUAAGCUGUUGCUAAGUGCAGAGUGUUCAGCCUUAGCUAGGGUCGGCAUCAUUUUUUAUUUCCCUUUUUCUUGCCAGGGUGAAAUUUGGUGUGCCAAUUCUGAAGAGCCUAGCACAUAACUCAUACUUGCUGGGUAUGUCGGAGCUGCGUUUCUUGGAGUUAUCAUAAAACAGAAGGUUUAGAGCAGCGUAUUCCAGUUUUGUGCUGCUGUUUGCUGAUGCUCUUGCUGGUAGCCUGUGGAAGGCCACAUUGCUUUGAAACCCUGUGGCACAAUUUAAGAGCACUCCUAGGAGGCCCUGCUCCCUUCUCAGUACCACCUUGACCCGGGGUCUAUCUAAGGGUGGUUCCUACAGUCUUGCAGGGAACAUAUGAACCUUCCUCUUGGGUCUGACGAUAAAAAUGCUCUUUUAGGGGCAAAAGAACCAUAGAAACCCCCCAAUAUUUCAUAGGGAAGGUAUUUCCAAUUUUUUUUCCAUCAACAAAUCAAGAAUGGAAUACUUUGCCUCCUUGGACCAGAAGCAGUGCAAUCAGGUUUUCAACCCUCUGUUAAGAGUAAAGGCAGAUGCAGUACCAUGUUGCCUUACUGUGUAGGUGCUGAGGAGCUCAAAGCCAGGUGCCUUGUUAUGAUUUUACAUAGAAAAAGAUCGUAAGAAGAGUACAUCCCUACUUACCAAAACUCCUCUCCAAAUGUACUGAUUGCUGGAGCUGCUAUUCCUAGAUGAAAUAAA